CAGUUGGUUGGUGUUUUGCAUGAAUCACAUAAAGAACCGCUUUUAAGUUGGACAGCCUGAAAAAACCUACAAAAUAUCGAACACAGUUUCUAUAAACAAAAGGUUUUCCAGCUGGAAGGAAGGAAUAACAGAGUUGAAAAAAUGUCUGGGUUUCUCUUCACAUUGUUGUUCUGUUUCUUCUUCUUUGAUGGUUUCUCUGAGGGUAGACAUGAAUCUGCAGUUGUCGCUGGAACUGUGUACUGUGACACUUGUUUCCACCAGGCUCUUCCAAGUGUCACCCAUUUCAUUUCAGGCGCAACUGUUGCAGUGGAAUGUAGAGAUGGGAAGAGUUCAAGGCGGAGCUUUGGGCAACGAGUGAAAACUAAUAAGCGUGGAGAGUUCAGAGUUCGUUUGCCGUUUUCUGUGCGCAAACAUGUGGAGAAAAUAGAAGGGUGUGAGGUGAAACUGGUUAAAAGCAGUGAACCGUAUUGUGCGGUGGCUUCGUCUGCAACUUCGUCUUCACUCCAUCUCAGGUCGAGGAAGCAAGGGACCCAUGUUUUCUCAGCUGGGUUUUUCUCCUUCAAGCCGUUCAAACAACCCUUCUUGUGUAACCAGAAACCCAGUGUUGAUAACCUCAAACAACUCAAAAGCAAGCCUCAAUCAUCGCUUCAUCCGGACCAGCUUCUUCCGCCGCCCGUUCUUCCUCCAACCCCUUUUCUUCCUCCGAACCCCGUUCUGCCGCCGCCCAUUCUUCCUCCGAACCCCGUUCUCCCCCCUUUCUGCCGCCGCCCGUUCUUCCUCCAACCCCUUUUUCCUCCGAACCCUGUUCUGCCGCCGUUCUUCCUCCAACCCCUUUCUUCCUCCGAACCCCGUUCUGCCGCCGCCCGUUCUUCCCCAACCCCUUCUUCGCCGCCCGUUCUUCCCCCAACCCCCUUUCUUCCUCCAACCCCCUUUCUUCCGCCGCCCGUCCUUCCUCCAACCCCCUUUCUUCCGCCGCCCGUCCUUCCUCCAACCCCCUUUCUGCCGCCCGUUCUUCCUCCAAACCCACUUCUGCCGCCGCCAGCUCCGGAGAUUCCAAACCCACUUGAGCCUCCUCCAGCACCGCUAACACCAUCUUUGCCGCCAAUUCCAGUACUAACUCCACCAUCACCACCAUCAUCACCGUCCCCAGACUUCCCAGUUCCUCUCCCACCACUCCCACCACUCCCUCCUAUACCUCCCUUCCCUGGAGUCCCCCCAGCGAAAUAUUCUCCUUGACCCAAUACUAGUAUUCCGCCAUGUAUAAUCCUCCAAAAGUAUUUCUCAUAUCCAAGAAUUACUUACAUAUUUAUGUAAUUUGCCCUUCAACGCCAAUUCCCAAUAACAAUCCCCGUCAC